AUGGACGUGGAUCAGCCUUUGAUGAAUCCUCCUGAACAUUUUGACGAAGACUCCAACAAUGAAAAGAAGAGAAUAGACUUGGCAACAUCACCUGCCGUAGUAUCAACUCCAUCCACUCUCGAGGCUAAUGUGCCAGCACCUACCACCGGCGUUAAUCUAUCUACAGACUUGCCCUCUCAGUUACGUGAACUUCCGACAGAAAGAUCAAUAGACAAAGAAAAACUCGAAACGAUGAUUAGAGCAGAGCGGAAGAGCAUUGGAUUUGAUGAAGGUGUAAGGAGAGAAUCGUUUCCGGGAAAGCAUCUACAUACUCCUGAUGUGAGCUUUAAUUGUGAAGAGGCAUUUAUUGGUGAUAAAUCCUACUCGAGUGACGUUGCACAUGACGAAGGAAUGAGUUUUAUAUAUAAUGCCCGCAGUUCAACUCCAGUGGCAGCUCACAAAAUUCCUUUGCCGUCAACCGUUCAAAGAACGAGACCAGAUUCGGACGCAAUCGAUGAAUCGCAUCAAAUUAAAGCUCCAGUUGAUGAACUGGAAUCUUCACCUAUACCAUUGAAGCCUCGAAUAAAAAAUCCGCGAAGUCCUUUAGCAUUCGAGGUAACUAAUGCCGGAAGAUUGGGAGAUAGUAUCCCAUCCAAAUCUCCCUUGGAUCCCAAGCCGGAUUCGAUCUCGGCAUUCGAAUUUAUUCCCCCCAAACUGGGCGGUUCAUCCGAAAGGACACACGCUAAGAAUGGUCCUAUUCCCUCCAUGAGUGGGCUGAAGGCUAUGGCAGCCCGUGCUGCUGCGUUGCGUUUUAUUCUUCCGGAUGAAAGCCUAAUGGAAAUGAUUCAAUACUCGAUGUUCAGCACUUCUAGCAGCGGGUCCCAAACCACGAAGCCUCGGUCCAUGGUACCAGAACCAAGCAAAACGUUGCAAAAGCACCAGCCAGAGGACCCGAACCCACAAAACCCCUCGGCUACAGCUGAACAGGAUUCGCGGAGUGGAACAAGCUCUGCUCAAUCGGCUUCUUCCUCUGACGAGGCUGGUAAUUCAUAUCCCGAGGACGAACAGACCUUAAACUUAGCUUCGCUUGGAUUGAGUAGGCUGGGGGAUACUCUUCUAGUGGAUAUGUCUCUUGACCAGCUGAGACCAAAGUUGGACGAUCCCGAACGCGGGAACGCUACUUUUGGUGGAUCGUCAUUUGUUCUUGCGAAUUCUAGUGCAGCAGAGCGCCAUCCUGAACCUACGCUAGAAGCUCAGACUCCAAAACGAAUUGCUUCAAACCCGCUGCCUCUUCUCGAAGAUGUUGGAGCGAAUGUUGAAGGCACUGUGAAGAAGUCUCGAUCUACUAAUGGGCGGGUGGUUUCGGAUGCCGUCAUCGAUGCCCUACGUUCUGGCAGAGCCCUACAUAGAGUCACUGCUUCGAUUCCAGGUUUCAAUAACGAUGUACUGCUCGCUGAUGGGAUGACUGUGACCGAUGAAACCCCAAUACGACAAGUUUGGCCUGGAUCGACAGCCUCAUUAAGGCGAGCCGAGUCUUUUGCGUCAUAUUCCAACAUUCCAGAAUCUCGCCAGCAUCCUGGCUCGGCGGUUUUGCAGAAAACUCGCUCUACCGUAUCCCUCCGUCGAACUAGCUCCGUCAUCUCAAAUCAACCUGAUUUCAUGCGCCCUCAUUCGCGUAUCUCUGUCGCUGAUGUCGAUUCCGAGGAUGACCAACCGUUCGCCUCUUCAGCGCCCAUGGCGUCUCGUGGGUCCUCACGCCGAUCAUCAGUAUAUGCGUUUCCAGAACCCGGUAUUUCAAACGAUUAUCCUGGAUCGCACCUUGAACGACCUAGCUCGGUCGCGUCGUCGAUUUACGAUAGGCCUACGUCCGCCGCGUCCAUGCGCCCAACCUCUGCUGCCUCUAUUCGCAGUUCCUCCACACGACCAACCUCGGUUGCUGGGUCUCUACGAUCAGGAUCUGCUACAUCAUCUCGUCGAGUGUCGGGUGCUCAUCUUCAGCCUUCAUACACACCUGAAGACGAGCUUGUGAGCGGUAUGGAAGCUCUCAUGAAAGGCGAUAUAGGCAAGGCCCCAGCGCCAGCGAUAGCGACACGUAACGCCCAAGAGUCGCAAAUCGCUUCAAGUGCCAGAAUCACGAGCGGUUUCACAAAAGAUACUCCGGGGACAGCUCGAUCGGGCAUUAGGCAGCCCACAGGGUUGACCACACCACGUGUGGCCAAGUCAGGCCUGGCUCUGAAAACAGUAGGAUCAAAGGUUUUGUCCGGGGUACCGGGAUCCAAGCAUCAAGCAGGACCAGGCGCAAGCUCGACAGUUAUCGGAACCAGCAAUGUGUCAAAGACUAUGUCUGCAGCCUCUGGAAGAUCUGUGCAUAUGACGCCUGCACCCGGCACUAGGUCUGCAACCUCUACACUCCGCUCACAGUCGUCCUCCACCCCCUCAGCUGCACGACUUCGUGCUUCCACUCUUGGAUUGUUUGCUCCUGACGGUGGGCCAGCAGCUGGUCAGGAUCCAAAGAGACUUACUCAUAAGGCAUCAUCUUCCUCAAUUUCAGUCACUCCAUCGGUAACGAGGACCCUGCGAGCUCCUGCGAGUACGAGUAACAUGCGUAUUAUUGGUGCAAGGGGUGCAAGUGGUAUCGCUGCGCCUCGUACUGCUACAAAGGCCGGGAGCAUCGCCUCGUUGAGAGAAGUGAUGAAACCCAAGGAGGUUUUAAAACGCUAG